AAGAGAGAGAAAGAACCUCGACCCGUCCAGCUCCUGGCACCUAUCUGAAUGAAUAAGCUGUUUGCAGAGAAAGCCUCCUGGAUUUGCUGCAGCAGAAAUAACUCAAAGAGCGGAACGCGCUUCGGCUGGUGCGUCGCUGCGAUCUCUCCAGAAAACGAGAAGACACUUCAGGGUAAAACAUUUAGUUGGCCAAACUUUUUUUAAUUUUGGUUUUUAUUUUUGCAAAAGAUCAAGACGGCUUGUUUCAGCAACAAGUGGAGAUAUGUUCAAGAAAAGCAAGAGUAAAGUGCUGGUGGAUUAUGCGUCAGAGGAAGACGACAUGUCCUGGCACUAUCAUCACUCCUACAAGGACAAAGACAUAGAAGGAGAGGAAGAGGAGGAGGAAGCUGUCACUGCAGUAUCCAAGGAGGCCAAGGUGAAGAAGAUCAUGUCCAAGAAAGAGAGGAAGGAGAAGAAGAUGUUCUCCUCUAAAGAUGACGAGCACUUCUUGUUGACUGGAGUAAAGCUGGCUGACCGCAGAGGGUCUCACAAGAAAAUCAAGGAUGACGAGAAGGAGAAGGAAAAGAAGGACAAGCCAGAGAAGGGCCAUUGCUUCUGGGAGAGCGUUACCAUGACGAUGAGGCAGAUCUCGCCCACCAAAAAACUGGAGAAGAUGGAGGGCUGGGAGCCGCCUCGCCUGGAGAACUUAACCGAGACUGUGACUGACGAAGCCCCAGAGGACAAGAGCCAGAACGGGAACUCGCCAGUGUCCUUCCCAGACUCUCUAAGCCUCCCGUUGGAAUUGUCCUCCUGGGCGGGCCGGGGUCUUGAGGAGGACUCCUCCCGCUAUGCUAACCUGUCAGACUCCAAGGAUUCAGCAGCCGCCGUUAGAUGGACAGCCCGCGCCAAAGUCAAGCUGGCCGGCAUUAGCAGGAUGAGCAGAGGGAUUGUGUCAGAAAGCGCUUGGGAGGGGUUUAAAUAGUAGCCAUUUUACCUCCGAUACCCCCUCCCUCCUUACCUGUGUACCAUCAAUAAAGAGGAUGAGGACCUGAACCAAAUAUCUGCUUGUCUCUGUAGUCUAGUUCUGGACGAAAUCGGUUUUAAUGUCAGCUGGUAUUGAGAUGCUGUAGUCGAGCCCCGAACAUAACACAUGAAGUUUGUCUUUAUUAUUUUAGCCUUUAAGUCCUCGAAGACAAUAUACGUCAGUUUUUAUCAAUGGGCUAUUUUGGACAGACUGCUCCUUUAGGAUCACUGAUAUAAACUGUAAAUUCCAGCAAAUAAAAGCCUUAAACUACUGUACCAUUUUAACUGUGAUAUCCACUGGCAUUUAGAUAUUUUAUAUUACCAAGAAAUGAAAAAUUUUUGAUUUUUAUAUAAUUAUUGUGGCCGUCAGUGGUAGAGAAUCAAUGAAGAAUAUGCAAACCUGCUACUGAAGACUUUAUGUUGGCUUCC